CCUUUCCCGGUGCUGCCGCUGGCCUGGGUCGCUCCGGCGGCGGCGGCCAUCAGCAUGGCGGCCGUGGAGGCGCGGGUGUGCGAGACGGCGGGCUGCAGCAGCGAGGCCAAGCUGCAGUGCCCCACCUGCCUCAAGCUGGGCAUCCACGGCUCCUACUUCUGCUCGCAGGAAUGUUUUAAGGGAAGCUGGGCUACUCACAAGUUACUGCACAAGAAAGCAAAAGAUGAAAAAGCGAAGCAGGAAAUUUCUGCCUGGACCGUAGAUGGUGAUAUUAACACAGAUCCUUGGUCUGGCUAUCGAUACACUGGUAAACUCAGGCCACAUUACCCACUGAUGCCAACGAGGCCUGUGCCGAGUUAUAUUCAAAGGCCAGAUUAUGCUGAUCACCCCUUAGGUAUGUCUGAAUCGGAACAGGCUCUUAAAGGAACUUCACAAAUAAAGAUUCUUUCAUCAGAAGAUAUAGAAGGGAUGCGAGUAGUGAGCAGGCUUGCUAGAGAAGUAUUAGACGUCGCAGCCAUGAUGGUGAAGCCAGGUGUGACUACUGAAGAAAUAGAUCAUGCAGUACAUCUAGCGUGCAUUGCCAGAAAUUGCUAUCCUUCCCCGCUGAAUUAUUAUAAUUUCCCUAAGUCUUGCUGUACAUCGGUAAAUGAAGUGAUAUGCCAUGGAAUUCCAGACAGGCGGCGCUUACAAGAGGGAGAUAUUGUUAAUGUGGAUAUUACAGUUUAUCGUAAUGGUUAUCACGGGGAUCUCAAUGAGACAUUUUAUGUUGGGGAAGUUGAUGAGGGUGCAAAGAGACUAGUUCAGACAACCUAUGAGUGCCUAAUGCAAGCCAUCGAUGCAGUAAAACCUGGUGUUCGAUAUAGAGAGUUGGGAAAUAUUAUACAGAAGCAUGCUCAAGCCAAUGGAUUUUCAGUGGUUCGGAGUUACUGUGGGCAUGGGAUCCAUAAACUUUUCCAUACUGCUCCCAAUGUGCCGCAUUAUGCCAAAAAUAAAGCUGUUGGUGUGAUGAAGCCUGGUCAUGGGUUUACAAUAGAACCAAUGAUCUGUGAAGGUGGGUGGCAAGAUGAAACUUGGCCUGACGGCUGGACGGCAGUGACACGUGAUGGCAAGCGGUCUGCACAGUUUGAACACACUCUUUUAGUCACAGAUACCGGGUGUGAAAUCUUAACCCGGAGGUUGGAUAGCAUUCGCCCUCACUUCAUGACCCAGUGCUAAUUUAGGCCUAGCU